AUGCUGGCUUCGAUUGGAACAAUGCAGCAAACAUUGCACAAGCUUGAUGACGUCGUUGUCGAGGCUCACACGUUGGCUGGAUGCUUCUUCAAUUGGUUCACACUUGAGCUGUGGCACACGGUUACGCAGAAAAAGCAGCAGUUUGGGCAAGCAGAUCUGAAGGCCUGCAUUAACGUCAUGAUGGUCACCGGAGGCCGUGAUAUGAACAUACCUGCUGCGCCGGUUGAACGAACAGAAGUCGCAUAUCGCAUGUGGAAACAGACGCUCAGGACGCUAGCAGAAGACUUGGACAAGAAGGCCAAUUGCAAGCUGAGAAGUAUUAACGGAAAGAGCACCUCCAAGACAGCAGGCUCUUUGAGGAAGCGUUGGAGGAAACUGCGACUUGAGCAUCAACCGGAGUACAAACAGAAAGACUUGGAAUUGUAG